CGCGGCCUAGCGCAAGGGGCGACCGCGGUCUGGAGUCCGGGGCUGAGGCGGCGGCUGUCGGCCUGGCUCAUGGCGCUGAGUGUAGUCCGCUGGGGCGGGCCGGCUGCGCGGUCCCUGAGGGGAAAGGGCCGGGCCCUGUCCCGGGCGACAGCACCGUUCAGGCCGGGCCGAGUGGCCGUUCUCAGCAAAACCACCCGCUUCGAGUUCGAGCAGGAGCGGGGCCGCGCGGAGGGAGAGAGGAGGGGGCUCCGGGAGAGGCUUGCUACAAAAGGAUCCAGCUACAGUGGGUUACUGGAGCGACACACUGUUCACAGUGCCAACGUCCAGCAUGUGGUGGACACUCUACAUAAGGAAGGAAUCGAGGUUCGUCUGGUGAAGCGCAGAGAUUACACUGAGGAAAUCGUGCAAUGGGCUGAUGCCAUCGUAUCUGCUGGAGGGGAUGGCACCAUGCUGCUGUCAGCCAGCAAAGUGUUUGGGCAGAUCAAACCUGUCAUUGGAGUCAACACGGAUCCAGAAAGGUCUCAGGGGCACUUGUGCCUCCCAGUCAGGUACACGCACCGUUUUUCAGAGGCUGUGCAGAAGCUCCGUCAGGGAGAGUUCAGCUGGCAGUGGAGGCAGCGGAUCAGGAUCUGCCUGGAAGGAGCAGGAAUAAACCCAACGCCCGUGGAUCUCCAUGAGCAGCAGCUGAGCCUGGAGCAGCACCUGACCGCACACCGCAAUGUGGCACAGCCUGCCCCGUGUGACGUAGUGAGCUCUGAUCCUCAGCUGCUGUCUGUCCGAGCGUUAAAUGAGGUAUUUGUGGGGGAGUCGCUGUCCUCUCGGCUCCCGUAUCACUCCCACAAACAAAGUCUUAAAUUCUCGCUCCAUAGGGCCUCAUACUAUGAGAUCUCUAUAGACGAUGGACCCUGGGAGAAGCACAAGAACUCUGGCCUCAACAUGUGCACUGGAACUGGCUCUAAAGCUUGGUCCUACAAUAUUAAUAAAUUGGCCUAUCAGGAAGUGGAGGAUCUUCUGUCUAUCGCUAAAGAGAAGAGCCGUGUGGAUCUGCCCAUCAAUCAAGAGCUAGUGGAACAAGUCACUGAUCACUACAACCAGUCACUUAUAUUCUGUCCUGAGGAUCCCAAGAUCUUCUUCAGCAUCCGGGAGCCCAUCGUAAACCGCGUGUUCACCAGCAGCCAGCACCGAGGUUUCACAAACAAGAUGAGUGUUCGCUCGAGGUGCUGGGAUGCCUGUAUGGUGGUGGAUGGUGGGACUUCGUUUGAAUUCAAUGAUGGUGCGAUCGCCACCCUGACUGUGAAUGAGGAGGAUGCCUUGUGCACCGUUGUUCUGGAGGAAUAGGAGCCUCCUCCAGUAGCUAGGGCACUAUUGGACUGUGCUGUACUACUGAGGGGGUGGCAGGGGGAUAAUGGGAUUGUACUCGCUACUUUCUCUCUCUCAAUAGCCAGGGGACACCUGGCGGUUUGAGCUACAUGUGGAUCUGAAUCUGGGUUUCUAUGGGGCAGGGUUUGGUGCUGCUGGGGAGUUGGGGUGGACUCAGUCGAGGGUUAUAUCUGGAGAAUGUUGUUUGAUUGUAGUCGGUUGAAGUCAAGUCAAAUCAUUGUGUUUCCAGCAGCCUCAGGUUAUGCAUCUUGUCACAAGGAGAAAAGCCUCAUUCCGGUAUUUCUAUCACUGCAGCUUCCCUCUCUCUGCCCCUGUCUGCCAUCCGAAUCAUCGCUCCAGACUGGGAUCCCAGAGGGGAAGGCCCCUGACACUCACUGGCUCCAUCAUCUCAAAUCUGCAGGGUUUAUUGGCCAGUGAACAGAAAGGUAUGAUUGGCUUGGUCUGUAACUCUGGCCUCUCCUGUUCCAAUGCAUGAGCAAAGAGGGAGCAUUGAGUGCCAGACGGAGGUGACUGACGAAUGUCUGGUGUGUGUGUGUGUGUGUGAACUGCGCCAAAACAAUCAGACAUGAAGUAAAGUCAAAAACAAUAAUAAACUUUCAAACAACCUUAA